GCGGCGGCCGCCUUUCUGCGGCGCGGGGGGGAGUUUUCCGGCUGCUCUUCGCUGCCCUCCCAGGCCCAGAAGCGGCGCCCCUUGUCGGCUCCGACCGAAGCUGCCUUUCCCUCCCCGCCCGUGGCCCGACUGGACCGGAGGCCCCUCGGAGGAGGGAAGCGCGGGGGGCUCCGCUAGGCGAAGGGCCGACGGAGGUCAGCUUUGCAGGUUCAGCAAAGGGGGAAAAGGGACUGAAAAACCCCAUGGCAACCUCAGGUGAAAAGACGGCCUUGAGGGAGCUGAAGCAGGAGGCCACCUGCCCGCUCUGCCUGGACUUCUUCAAGCAGCCGAUGAGCCUCUCCUGUGGGCACAGCUUCUGCCGCGACUGCCUGGCCCUGCUGGGUGCUGAGGCUUCCUGCCCCCAGUGCAGAGCCAAGGUGGAGCCCAGCGGCGCCUGCCCCAGCUGGGUCCUGGCCAAUGUGGUUUGUCUGGUGAAGAAGCUUCAGCUGCCAGAGGGAGCCCAGGAGGAGAGCAGCGGCCAACAGCUCUGCCAGGAACACAGGCAGCCUCUGCAGAUCUUCUGCUCCAGUGAGAAGAGCCUCCUCUGCCCCGGCUGCCUGGGGAAGCACCAGGGCCACCCUCUCCUCUCUCUGCCCGAGGCUGCCCAGGAGUACAAGGACUUGCUGGAUGGCCUCCUCGAAUCCCUUAGCAAGGAGAAGCAGACGCUGCUGCAUCAGAGGCAGACCGUGGAGCAGAGCCGGAAGGAAUGCCAGGAGCAAUUUGCCACUGAAAAGCAGCAGCUGGGCCUGGCGCUGGAGUCCCUGCAGGAGCUGCUCCGGGAGAGUCAGCCGGUCUGGCUGGGCUGGCUAGCCGAGCAGGAGGAGAAGAUGGAGGCCGAAUGGGGGGUCGCGCUGGCCCAGAUCUCCAGGAAAGCCUCCGGCCUGCAGCAGCUGAUGGACCAGACGAAGAGAAAGUACCACCAGCCAGAGGGAGAAUUCUUGCAGGACAUCCAGGGCACCGUAGACAGGUGCCAGAGUUACCUGGUAGGGCACGUGGAGAGCGCCUCUCCCAGGCUGCAAGGCAGACUCCAGACCCUCUUAGAGAAAAACGCUUCUGUAAGGCGGAUUGUGGACAGUUACAAAGCCUCUCUGAAGACAACUCUGACCAGGGAGAACCUUGAGCAACAUCUGACCACAGCACCUGCUCCAGAACAGCCAAGAUCUCCUAAAGUCUACAUCACGCUGAAUGGCUCCACCGCCCACCCACAGCUCUGGUGCCAGGGCUCCAGUGUGACUUGGGCCAACAGAUUCCAGGAUUGCCCAGAUGUGCCAGAGAGGUUCGAUCAGGAAUUAUGUGUCCUGGGCUCUGAAGGAUUCACCACAGGAUGGCACUGGUGGGAAGUCUCCGUGCAGGGGCCUUACAAUUUCCCAGUGCAGGGCGAAGUAAGCUGGGCCAUCGGGGUGGCCAAGGAGUCCAUCCCCAGGAAGGGGAGCUUCAAGCUGAGCUCCCAGGUGGGAAUAUGGGCCGUGGGGAAUAAUGUUUGGGGGCAGAUGAUCGCUUUUGAACCGUAUCGGGUGACAUUGCAAAGUUCGCCGCGGAGACUGUGGGUGAGGCUGGACUGCGAGGCAAAAGAAGUGCAGAUCCUGGAUGCAGUGACAGGGGCUUCACUCUACACCUUCAAGAAAGGGCCCUUCUUUGGGGAGAUGUUCCGGCCUUUUUUCUAUCUGGGCCAGAUGGGGGUCACCCUUCAAUGUGUGUGACUGAUAGUCCCCAACUUACAACAGUUCACGUAGUGACCAAAGUUGAGUUCAGCCCCACCUCCUGGCACCUUCGAGACCACACCUGGCAAGAGGACCAGAUGUGGUCUCCCCUCCACGCGCCAUGCCCGACCUUAUAAUUUUGCCAUGCUCAGUCCAGGCUGGUUGGUGGCCGCCAAGAGCUUCGUGGCUGGGGGGCUUUGACUGACCGAGAGGUGGUGGGGCUGUGACGCAGUGGUGCCUCUUGGCUCCCCUUUGUCCCUUGUUUGGGCAAAACCCUUGAUGCCGCCUCCUGCCAGGCGGUGCAUCCUUGUUGUGCACUAACACGACGUUUCUCAACCUGGGGCACCCGGGAGAUGUGUGGACUUCCACUCCCAGAAUUCCCAGCCAGCAGAGCUACCUGGGCAAUAUAGGUGUUGGAAGUCCCUGCAUCCUCCAGGUGCUGCCCAGAUUGGGCAUCCCUGCCUGACUCUGGCUCACAGUUUAGAUGAGAGGUAGGCGGUUAAAGGGCCUUUUAUAAUCAAUAAAAGUGAUAU